CAUACUCACAACUUUAACAAGAUGAACAGCUUGGUAAUUUUCUUCUCCGUUGCUCUUUCUAUGGUGAGCGCUGCUACUGUAGUGAAUCCUGGUUUUGUUCAAUUGGGUCCUAUGGAGAACAAUGUACUAGUCAAAGGACCAUCCACUUCGACCAACGUUGCUGGUCCAGAUGGGAGUCUGAUCACCAGCAAUGCUGAUGCAGGAGCAGUUACAUCAUCGGCAACUUCAGGAUACGUACUUCAAACGCAACCGGUUCCUUUCUUGGUUCCCAAUCCCUUCAUUUGGCGUUUACCUUUCCCGUAUUUCUUCCCAAAUUUACCAUUCUUUAUUAAUAGACCUGGAGCCAUUAUUGACGGACCAUCCGGUACCAUUAUAGCAUCUCGUUGA